UCAGAGAGGCACAUGCUAAACCCAACAAUACCACACUCCUUUUUUUUCCUUCAAUACCCCAUUUCUCCCCCCCCCCCCCCCCCAAACUUGUGGUCAGACCUCCUUUUCUUAUCGCCUUCAAGUUCAACUCCAUCUCUUUUUCAUCACUAAACUUGGUCACAUCAAGCUUUAAUCACAUUUUUUCCCCUUUUUAUCUCAACCAACUUGUAGGCUCUCUUCUCUUCUCUUCUGUUCCCUUCCCCACCUCAAAAGAUUCCAAGGACAAUCAAAUCCAAGUGACUAACCACCUUCCUAACUCACUCCUUUUAUUUCCUAUACCACACCCCUCUUUUCUCCCUCUAUGUAGUUUAAUCCUUGUAAUUCAACCUAGAAUAGCUUCUAUCUAGCCUCUUGAUUUGGGUACUUCAAACUGAGUCCAAUAAUGCCAACGGUUCACUCUAGUCCCUAUUUGCAAAUGGACAAUCCGGCAAUAAUGUCUUUGCUCCGGCCUACUCCUGGAGAGAAGCACCGCAAGUCCAGUAGUGGUGGUCUCUUGCGUAUGUUCAAGCUUUUCCCCAUGCUAACCUCCGGCUGCAAGAUGGUUGCACUAUUGGGUAGGCCUAAAAAGCCUUUGCUCAAGGAUAGUGCUACCACAGGUACCAUUUUUGGGUAUCGUAAAGGCAGAGUUUGCUUAGCCAUACAAGAUGAUCCCCAUUGCGUGCCGAUGUUCGUCAUCGAGCUACCGAUGCUCACCAGCUUGCUUCAAAAGGAAAUGGCAUCUGAUAUAGUCAGAAUAGCUCUCGAAAGCGAAACCAAGACUCACAAGAAGAAACUACUGGAAGAGUUUGUGUGGGCGGUCUAUUGCAAUGGAAGAAAAGUGGGUUACUCUAUCAGGAGGAAACAGUUGUCUGACGAUGAACUCCAUGUUAUGCAGCUCUUGCGAGGUGUGUCAAUGGGUGCGGGGGUCCUUCCAAGCCCAAACGACAAAGAAACAGUGACGUCUGAUGGGGAACUGACGUACAUGAGAGCAAGAUUUGAGAAGGUGGUCGGAUCAAAGGACUCGGAAGCAUUAUACAUGAUUAAUCCAGAUGGUGCACCUGGCCCAGAACUGAGUAUUUUCUUUGUAAGAGCUCGUUAGAAUUUGUGUUAUUUUUACACAUGAGCACCAUAAAAAAAAAAAAAAUCAAUGAUGGAAACAAACAGAUCACCAUGGCUAGACUAUGUUUAAUGUCCUUAUGGUGGUUCAAGCUAGCUCAUUGUUAUAGCGAUAGAUGCCAAAACCUAAGUUAGCUACUCUGUCACUUUCAUGUAAUUGAAUGCCAAUAUAAUCUCCUGUUUCUGCCUUGAGAAUAA